CUUUUGGAAAAAAGGGGCUCUUCUUACUAGUCUAUUUUGAAAUAGAACUUCAAAAUACUUUCAGAAGUAAUUUUACAGGGGAAAGAAUGGCAGAAUCCGACAAUCUUGAAGCAACAAUGAAACCAUUCUAUCAAAGAGCUUCCGAGGCAGAGGAUCGAUUGGCAAGACUUGAAGCUGCCCUUUCUGAAAAGAAAGAAUCUGGAAAUGAGGAAUUACUUAAGAGAGUUAGUGAACUCCAGUCAGAGCUUGAAAAUGUAAAAGCUGAGCAAGUUGCAGAGAGGCAGAAGGCUACAAAAGAGCUGGAGCAGCUUACUGCUGAAAAUGAAAAGCUCAAAUAUCGCAUUACCCAUCUCAUCCGAGCUGUGAAGGAGGAUGGUAGCAAGUUAUCAUCCAAGUGAGGUUAUUGCAUCCACGGCCAAGCACUUGUCAAAGAAGGAAAGGUAGUUUAAACAAUUCCCGAUCAUGAGAGAAUCGUAUGCAUUCAUCAUGGCUGGUUUCAAUGCAAGAACGUGAUUUAUGUUGGAAUGCCUUUCAUAGUCUGUAUCAGUAUUCCGCAUCUUUUGUGAACAGAAUCAGUAGCUUUUGAAUAAGAGCCGCUUAAGCACAGAAGCUGAAAACACUUCACUUCCCAAGUAGACGUUCACUUCAUUUUUUUAAGGUAGACAUUUAAGUAUGGACAUAUUCACCUCAGUAUUCUGCAUCUUUUUGCUAGUUA